AUGCAGGUGCAUCCUAACGGACCCAACGGGGGAACAGGACUGGGGCUGUCCAUAUCUACGGCGCUGGCCAAAAUGAUGAACAACACAGGGCUGGGGGUUACCUCUGCACCGAACGUGGGCAGCAACUUCUUCUUCGAUGUCACGCUGGAGGUAUGGCAUAGCCAAAAACCAAAGAAAAACCAUCGAGCAACUCACCUGAGCCAAUCGCUAACGAGUGUAGCUGCGAGGUUUAGCUGUGAGUGA